AUGAAAUUGCUCAGCUUCUUGUUGUUUGGAUUCUUCGCUGUCGUCAAGUUGAAUGGUUUGGAUAUUGACGAGCAAGAUUAUUUGAUUGAGCAACUGAAUGAUAUCAGAAGAGACGUUGCGAGGUUAUACAAUAUCGAGAACAUGCAGAAACUGAUGUGGAGCAAACGACUUCAAAACGAGGCUGACCAACUAGAUAUCCAGAAAAUGCCUGUCAACCCACCUUGGCGAUACGUGUUCUAUAAGAAUUAUACAGAAAAGAAAGACGAACGUGAUCUGACCGAUUCAAUUAUUGCCAAUUCGGAACACCUGAAUCCACAACAGAAUGAAAUCGCGUGUGCUAAGAAGAACGGUCAGAAUUUUACGGUGAUUUGCUUACUUGGGCCACAGAAUUCCCUAUCAAAAAUAACAAAGUACCAGCGAGGCCAAGCGAAAUGCACAGGCCAAUUAAAAGUGGAGUGGAGAACCGGGCAUUUGUGUACAACUCCAGAUUUUACUGAGUCCUGGAUAUUGAUGUAUAUAAGUGAGCUGAAUGACAGAAGAAAAAUGGUUGCGAGAACUAAGAACAUAACGAAUAUGCAGAAUUUGGUCUGGAACAAAGAGCUCAACGAUGCUGCAUGGGAUUUCUUGUGGCCCAGUCGAAAUCCCAACGAUGAAUUGCCAAAAGAUCGAAAAUGGCGACUGACGGGGUUCGAUAACCUUGCCGCGGGAUUGGUUUAUAAUCCAACUAGCAAUCGGGUGGCGUCUUUCAACACGACGGAUGGAAAAGAAGUGACGUUCCGUUUGGAUGAGGAACAUUUCAACCCCCUGCAAAGUAAGAUCGCGUGUUUAUAUCGGCCAAAAUUAAGAAAAAAUACGAAUUACUGGUGUUUGUUGGGUCCAGAGGAUUCGGAUGCUGGGAUUGCUCCGCCACCGACGACUCAAGCUCCACUAGAUGCUCAGGUCACAACUCCCCCGACGGUCUCUACAGUAACCUCCUCUGCUACUUCUCGCCCAAUGCGUACAAGGUAUACAACUGAGAAAAUCACACCGGAGCCGCCACCAACGCAACCGAAAGAACUGGAGGAAUAUGAGGAGCAGGAUGGGGAUGAGUAUGAUGAGGACUUCCCGACUGGCAAACCUUAUCACUAUGAUUUUUGA